AAACGUUGAUAUUAAUGUUGAGUUUUGUUUAAUAAUUAUUUUAAUAAAAAUUUUGUUUAUUAAAUUCUGUAUUAUAAAGUAUCAAUAAUCGUUUAUUUUAUAUUUAUUAAUUUUAAAUAGACAAAUUAAAAAUUAUAAGAAAGAAAAAUACAAUAAAUUAUGUCUGUUACAUUACAUACUGACAUUGGUGAUAUAAAAAUUGAAAUUUUUUGUGAAGAAUGCCCUAAAACAGCUGAAAAUUUUUUAGCACUAUGUGCUAGUGAUUAUUAUAAUGGAUCUCUUUUUCAUCGAAAUAUAAAAGGAUUCAUAGUGCAAACUGGUGAUCCUACAAAUACAGGGAAAGGAGGUCAAUCAAUUUGGGGCAGAAAAUUUGAAGAUGAAUUUAAAGAAAAUCUAAAGCAUAAGGAAAGAGGCAUAGUAUCAAUGGCUAAUAAUGGACCUAAUACUAAUGCUAGCCAAUUUUUUAUCACAUAUUCUGCUCAGCCAAAUUUAGAUCUUAAAUAUACUAUUUUUGGAAGAAUAAUUGAUGGAUAUGAAACAUUGGAUGAGCUUGAGAAACUACCAGUGAACGCUAAAAAUUUUAAACCAUUAACUGAUAUUAAAAUUCAGUAUAUAACAAUACAUGCAAAUCCUUUGGCUACAUGAAUUUCUAUAAAUAUAAAAUAAAAGCCUCUUAUAUAAUUUUUUAAUAAAAUUUUAUGCCAUGUUUUUAUUUUUUAUUUACUGCUAAUACUAAAUGCAGAUUAUUAGGUCUCACGGAAGAAACUUUUUGAAUUUGCUAUUUUAUGAUACAUUAUAAAGUUUUACCCACUA